AUGUCUGAACAGGCGUAUUAUGAGAAGCUGAAACAGGAGCUUUCUGACGCCCUGGAGCAACGGCAGAAACAGGAACGUAACUUGGACCAAAUACAACAGGAAAUUUUUGAUAAGGAGACAGAAUAUCUGCAAGGAAAUAGUUCCAGUCAGUUAGGAACUAUCGUGAAAGGUUUUGAUGCGUUCGGAAAACACUCGCAUGAAACUCCCAGUGCCUUUACGGACAAGGAUAGAAUUUUUUCGUUAAGCAGCGCAUUGUUUGUAAAGCAACAAGAAGGCGCCACUGAAGAAGAGUAA